AUGUUGGAAAUUGAAAGAUCGACACCAGAGCCAAAGGACUUGGAACAGGAAGAAAAGACGUAUGUGAAGAACACAUCUACUCCAGACAACUCAACUCUUGCUGAAGACCCCAGCUUGUCUUUGCGAGAUAUCGAGAACAAUGCUCAGGAUGCAUCCGACUCGGCUUCUUCCACCGGAUCAGUGCCAGAGACCUACAUAGUCGGGUGGGAUGAUGGCGACAAUGAUCCGCUGUGCCCCCGCAGCUUCGGCACGGCUCGAAAAUGGGCGAUGGUCUUUAUUGUAUGCCUGACGACUCUCUGCGUCCAUAUGGAAGCCGAGUUUGGAAACUCCAGGAUCGUCUCAGUGCUGGGCCUGACACUGUUCGUUUUCGGCAUGGCUUGUGGCCCGAUGCUCUUCAGCCCAUUGAGCGAGUUCUACGGUCGACGUCCCAUCUACUUGGUGUCGUGGACGAUGUAUGUGAUCUGGCUCGUGCCGCAGGCGGUAGCUCGCAACAUCGAAACCAUGCUCGUUGCCCGGUUUCUGAACGGAUUCUCCGGGGGUACUUUCCUGGCCGUCUCGGGCGGGACUGUUGGAGAUUUGUUCUCAAAACGGGAACUAUCGUUCCCAAUGGCUGUUUUCUCGGUCUCGCCAUUCCUUGGUCCUUGCAUCGGACCUCUGAUUGGCGGUUUCAUCAACUACAAUGUACAUUGGAGGUGGACGUACUAUGUGCUCUUGAUCUGGGCGGGUAGUAUGCUGUUGGCUAUCACUCUCCUGGUCCCGGAGACAUACCACCCUAUCUUACUCCGAAAUAAAGCCCGACAAGUGCGCAAUACCACCGGCGACGACCGCUGGAGGGCGCCGAUGGAGCUUUCGACAAAAUCCAUCCACCGGACAGUUGCAUUGUCUCUGUUGCGGCCAUUUCAACUUCUCAUCUUCGAGCCCAUGUGCUUGAGUCUUUGCAUGUACUCGGCUAUCCUCCUCGGCAUCCUCUACCUCUUUUUCGGUGCUUUCCCGUUGAUCUUCAGCACGAACCACGGUUUCAAUCUCUGGCAGAUAGGCCUGUCGUUCCUGGGAAUUGGUUGCGGACUGAUCCUCGGAGUUUCCACCGAUCCCGUGUGGCACCGCGUCCGGACCCGUCUCAUCAGCAAGAUGGAUGGCGAGUCGUCCAAGUCAGGGCACGGAGAACCAGAGUUCAGACUACCCCCUGCAAUCCUCGGUGCCUUCAUUGCUCCCAUCGGCCUGUUUCUGUUCGCGUGGACCUCGUAUCCGAGCAUACACUGGAUCGUCCCCAUCAUCGGCUCGCUGCUAUUUGGCACUGGUAACAUUUUGAUAUUUAUUGGGAUCUUCACCUUCCUUGUCGAUGCCUACCCCGAGUACGCAGCGAGUGCACUGGCCGCCAACGCUUUUGUGCGUUGCUUGUUCGCAGGAAUCUUCCCGCUCUUUGGGAAUCAAAUGUAUGAGGGCCUAGGCUUCCAAUGGGCAUCCUCGUUGGUGGCCUUCCUGACUGUGGCGAUGAUGCCAUUCCCCUAUCUCUUUUUCAAGUAUGGAAAAUCCAUUCGGGGGAAGAGUCGAUAUGCAAAGGUGUGA